GCCCCACGGCCCUUUUAAAAGAGGAAGCAGCAGCCACAGGAGAGCCGGGGCUGGAUAACGAGGGGAGCUGCGCUGGGCUUCUCCCAGUCCGGGAGCUUCGGGCACGGAGGGAGACGCCAUGGCUUCAAAGGAUGACACUCGAAACGUGCUUGAAAAACUAAAGAAUCCAGUAAAGAAACUUCAGAAAAGACUGGAGGCUGAAAAUUCACACCCCAAACUACAGGGGACAAACAACUUGAGCUCCGGUAGCCCCCAGUACAAAGAGGAUGUUGUCAGGAUGCAGGACAUACUCCAGGACCUGAAGGACACUUUUCAAGCAACUGAGCCUUCCAGUCAGUCCAAAUCCACGUCAGAUGGCAGCGAAUCCAAAGCAAAUGAAGCCACUGCAAACCAAGAGUUCCUCCAUUUGCUCAAGCGCCUUGGACUAGAAAGUCACUAUCCAAGAAGAAUGGGGACAGGAGAUUUCCUCACCAUCCACAAGACAUCUCUGCAUGACAGCCAGCCCAGCAAGGACCAGGAAUUGCCAUUUCACUUCUUGCAGAAGCUCUUAACCGUGGAUUAUCAGGUGAGGUACCUGACUUGCAGGGAUGGGAGCAACUCAGGACUUGCCCCCGUGCCAGAAACCACAGAGCGAGAGCCCGAACCCUCAGAUUCCUUUGAAAACUUUCUCCAUGGUUUAAAGAGAGCAGCCUCUGAAGUUGCAACCAGGGAGGGCCAUGUGCACCCCAUGGACCUGCAGAUGGCAAUUUUCCACUGUGCUGAUGACUUCUUGAGACAGUCCAUUGCAACCAAACUCGCCUUCUGCCAGCUGGCGCUGCCUCUGCUGGUGCCCAUGCCGGGCACUGCCCAGAUCGAGUUCCCACUCUGGGCCCUCAGCCAAAUCAAAAGGAGCUGGAAGGAGGUGGAGAAGUCGGGACAGCAACCCAGAAUGAACAGUUACAAUAACAAACUCAUUCGUCAGGCAGUGACAUCCAUUGUGUCCUUCAUCCGCAUUGGCACCUCUGCCUCCUCUUCCAAGUCUCAGCUCCUCAAUGCUCUGCUGAGCAAACAAAGACACGACACUUUUUUCCACCGCCAUUGCAGAGGCAGCACCAGGGAGUGUUUGCUGAUGGGAGGUGUUGUGGAGAUCGCCUGGUACUGUCCCCGGGGAUGCCCGGACGACACCUUUGAGCGCUGCGUGGCUUUCUGUAACCUGCAUGGAGACGCCAGGGAUCAUGGAGCACAGCUGCAGUUCUUACAGGAGAUCUCUGCUGUGAACGUGGCUCUUGUAUCUGAGUCUGAGCACAUGGACGACAGAGGGAGAAAGCUGCUGCGUGAGCUGUGGCAGUCGCAAAGGCCUCUGGUUUGUCUUCUCACUGAACAAGAGAAGGCUGCAGAUGGACAAUCCAGCAAAAACAUAACAAUAGGGAUCAAGAACAGAAACGAAGCAGAAAUGUUGGACAAGCUGAGCAAAACAAUCAGGAAUCUCCUGGAAGGGUCCACCCCACGUUUCAGCCUGGAGGGCUGCCUGGACAAAGCUCACCAGCACGGAUUCUUAGUGGAUGAAGAUCGACCCGAGUGUGUGACAGCCAAAGCCAAAGCAAAGGCAACAGAGCUAGUGACCCUUCUGAAAGAGAAGUUGUCUGAGAUCAAAUCCCAGCUUCUACCUCUUCAAGGAAAACUGUGGCACCAGUGGUGCAAAAAGGACAAAGAACUCACUCGCUUGCAGGAGAAGGGGAACAGAAGCAUCGAGCACCAUCGCAGCCAAAUUGAAACCGAGAAGGCAGCAAUAAGAAGAAAGCAGCUAGAGCAAGCUUUCCCCCUCAAUCAGCUGAUGAAACCAUUCCUUGGCUUUCUCCAUUCACAGGCAGCAGAUACGCAGAAAUACUUCCUGCAGUGGAUGAAGGUCUUUAUGGACGACCUGUCUUCUGGUCGCCUUGAAGAACUGAGGAGAGACUAUCACAAGUUGUGGUCUGAAAUCCGCACAAGAAAAGAAGGCCAGGAAAAAACCCAUAAGUUAAAUGCCCUCUCUGAAGAAAUCAAAGAUUCCUUCAUUGGCCUUGAGCACCUUUUGAGAGAGGUAGGGCAGAUUUAUGAAGCUCUCCAGUCAAUGAGCUCAAAGCAUGAAAAUGUUGUCUACCUGCCCAAAAUUGCAGCAGAUCUGAUGGUUUCGGGGUAUCCUGUGGAGCUGAUGGAUGGGGAUGCUUCUUACCUCCCCCUGCGCUGGGUGGCAGCAAUCUUUGACAGCCUAAUUGAGAGGCUGGGGGACAAACGAGUGUUUGUUCUCUCCGUGCUCGGCAUCCAGAGCACAGGGAAGUCAACCCUGCUGAAUGCCAUGUUUGGGCUGCAGUUCAACGUCAGUGCGGGGAGAUGCACCCGGGGAGCGUUUAUGCAGCUCCUUCCACUGGACGAGCAGCUGCAGGAGGACGUGGGCUUUGAUUACAUGCUGGUUGUUGACACAGAGGGCCUUCGUGCCCCAGAGAUGGCCAGUAAACAGUCCCUGAAUCAUGACAACGAGCUGGCCACCUUUGUCAUUGGCAUCGGCAACAUGACCCUGAUCAACAUCUUUGGGGAAAAUCCCUCAGAAAUGCAGGAUGUUCUUCAGAUCACUGUGCAGGCUUUUCUGAGGAUGAAGGAGGUAAAUCUUUCCCCAAGCUGCCUCUUUGUCCAUCAAAAUGUCGGAGAAGUUACUGCCAAGGAACAGAACCUGGAAGGACAAAGAUGCUUUCAGGAGAAGCUGGAUGAAAUGACUGUGGCAGCUGCCCAGCAGGAAUUCUCUAACGUCUCCUCCUUCAGCGACGUCAUCCGCUUUGAUGUGAACACCCACGUUCACUACUUUGCUCAGCUGUGGGAAGGAAAUCCCCCAAUGGCACCACCCAACCCCACCUACAGCCACAACGUCCAGCAAUUAAAGAGGAAAAUUCUCCAGGCCGCCAAAGAGGAGUCACAAGGCAGCAUUUUGAGGCUCUCGAGCCUGAAGGUUCGUAUUGGUGACCUCUGGAAUGCUUUGCUGAAUGAGAACUUUGUUUUCAGCUUCAAGAAUUCACUGGAGAUUGCUGUGUACAGGAAACUGGAAACUGCCUUUAGUCAGUGGACCUGGAGGCUGAGGAGUCACAUUUUAGAGGUACAAAUGACACUCGACAACAGAAUUCGGAAUGGGGACUUGCAGAAAGUCACCAGAAAACACCUUGAAAGGCUUGUGCAAGAGACAAGUGAUGCCAUCAUGAGAGACAUGGAAAAGUAUUUCAGGGAAGACAAAGACUCUGAGAUACUGGUCCAGUGGAAAAGCAGCACAGAGCUGAAUCUGAAAAACCUAAAAGAGAGACUUCUUCUUGAAACUGAAAAGAAAUGUGAGAGUCUUAUUGAACUGCAGAAGACCCAGAGUAAACUGGAUGCAAGAAAGUUAGAAUAUGAAGACGAGCUCCUGAGAAGGAGCAGGGAGUUGGCUCUGACUCUGAAAGGCAAGAGCCUCAGUGAGAGAGAACUGAGAGAACACUUUACUGCUGUCUGGGACAAGUGGGUUGAUGAAGUCUCCUGUGCUGCUCCCCCUCCGGAAAGGGUGGAUAUUGAUGCAGAUAUAGAAGAGGUCCUUCUGGAGCACUUUAAGGAGCCUGGUUUUCAUGCACGGAUCAAUUCAUUUCCCAACACCGGAGAAUUUCGUUUGGAUGUGAACAAACAUAUCACAAUGAAAGAAUUUUUUGACGAUUAUCCCUAUCAGGAAAGCAUUCUCUAUGAUGAUGUGAACAACUUGAAGGGCAUCACAGACAACAUCAUAACGUGUGUGAGGGCAAACAUUGAUCAGAAGGAACAGAAGAAAAUGGAUUACAGUCCAAAUUUUAUUUAUGAAAUAUUCAGUGAAGUUCAGAAAGGUGUGAACUCCAUCCCCAGAAAUGCAUCAUGUACAUUUAACAGAGAUUACGCACUAGAUUUAUGUCUGUACCUGUGCAGAAUGGCAGGCAAAAGGUUUAAAGCCAUGCACGAAGCAUUCCAGAAGGCAAAUGACCCAGUCACAUACCUGAGCAACAAGAGAGAGUAUUUCUUCACACAGUUCCAGAUUUCGUGCCAAGGAGCCAUUUCUGUCACAACUUUUGCUGGUUUCCUUCGUGAAAAUAUUUCCCUAUCUCUCCUCUAUGCUGUUUAUGAGAGAACGGCUAAAGCCAUUGCUGGAGACAUGCAGGGGAGAUUCCCAGAUUUCCAGGGCAACAGAGCCAAUCUGGAGGUUUGUAUCCUGAGAUUCCUGGCACAAGAAGAAAAUUUUGAGUAUUUCAAGCAGUACCUUAAUUGCCCAGAAGAGUUUUUUCAGAGAUACAUUGAGAGACGUGUUGCAAGUUACUGUUUAGAUGAGAACAGGAGACUGGAGAAGUUUUUAGCCUCCUCCCUUGAUCUUCUCUAUGGAAACAUCCUGUUGGCUGUUUCUUCUUCAUCCAAAAAGGUCAAAGACAGAAAAGACAGAGAGGACAAAACCUCUGUCUGGCUGGAUGAAUUUUGCAGGGAACUGAGAGAGGUGAUCAACUUGCCCAGAAGUGACCUGAAGUGCAUUGAGCAUCAGGAGAUCACAGACAUCGAGUUACUGAACAAAGCCAUGACGGAAGCACUGGAUGCCCUGAGGGACAAUCUCAGGAGAAAAUUUGCUGCUGCUGAUCUGAGCUGGUUUGAAAGGCAGCCUCACACCAUCCUGGCAGAGCAGUUUUCGGGAUGCUGGGAGCAGUGUCCCUUUUGUGGGGCUGUCUGCACAAACACCAUGCGGGGACACGAUGGGGACCAUCAGCUUGUCUUCCAUCGACCAGAAUUUUUGACAAGACGGAAGUGGCAGGGAACGGAGCACCUGGUCAUUGAUAUUUGUUCCAGCAGCGUUGCAAGUGACUGUAAAUUUGGCUUUGAUGGUCACAAAAUGUGUCACUACAAGAGGUACCGGGAUGCAGGACCUCCUUAUUCCAAUUGGAAGAUUCUUCCGGAUCCAUCCAUGCAAGCGUACUGGAAAUGGUUUGUGUGUCGUUUCAGAGAAGAUCUAGAAACCUUGUACAAUGGGAAAUUUCAGGGCAAAGGAGAAAUCCCCGAGGCCUGGCAGAGCAUUACCAAGGAGGAAGCACUUGCCGAGCUGGAGAAGCGUUAGGCCAGAUGGAUGGGAAGGAAGAACCUCCAUGGCUUUGCAGUUUAGAAGAACAGAGUACAAGGCUGUCCACAAAGUCCUGCUUCAAUGCUUACUCUCUCAAGCCACAUGAAGACAAUAGUAUCCAACUGCUCACAAAUUUGGGUGAAAUAAGGCAUGUUACUCAGCCAUCGCUCAGAAACUCCCUCGCUCCAUGAAAACCCUUCUUCCCUUCCUGCCAUAAACAUUUCCCUCUGCUUUGUCCUUGAGCAAUACAAAAACACUUCCUGUGAGUGAUCAGUCUCAUGUCCAAGAUGGAGCCCAAGUGCCAGGGAGAGAUCAAAGGCAACACUAGGAAGCACCAACUUGAUGAGCUGCUUCAGUGUAAUCCCUUGGAGGCUUUGGUAAUGAAGGAGCUGGUUUGGACCAGCCUGGUCCCUGUGUCUUUUCUGUCCAGGGGAGCCCCAGCUGGGGGUGACUCCAGCAUCUGUGCUGGUGACAGAGGGGUGGCCCUGGGCCAGGGUUUGGGGGAGGGGGUGUGGCAGGAGAGGGUCUGCUCAGUUCAGGGGGUCUGGUCAAGGACCUCCCUCACUGUCUCCAGGGACAGUAAAUAGGGCAUGAAUCCACAAAGCAGGAGCUCCAGGGAAACCAAUGUGAGUGGCAGGUGACAAGGGAGGCAGCAGUGGAACCCAAGUGUGGUGUGUUCCAUGGAUGGAGGGCUGGGAAGGUUUAUCCCAGCCGAGGUCUCUGACCAGGAACUGCUCAGCUGGGAAACCGCAGGACAAAAGGGAAUGAGCCCAAACUCUCCCCAGCCCCAGAGCUGAGAAAGCAGCCACGGAGCCAGGGACAGGAACCAAAGCUGGGCAGGGGGAGCAUGUGCUGCAGGACUGAGGGUACUGGGGGGAUCUGGGUUGGGAGCAGAUUUGGGUGCUACUGGAAUCAGACUGGGAGUGCAGGUGCCCGUGGCCAUGGUGUCAGCUGUGGGCUGAGGGGUCCCAGUGCAGCUACUGGAGUGAGUGGGGGUGGCCUUUGGCCUGGGCUGGGCUAUCAGGCAGUGCAGGGUCCCUCACUUGGUCCCCUCACAUGUGCCAGCAGCUCCCAGCUCCUUCUCCAGCACAGCUGAGAUGGUUCUCUGCACCUUUCCACGUCUCUGCCAGGCCACCCUGGCCACCGCCUCCCUCAGGGGGAUCGUCUGGCACCUCCUUCCUUGCAGACAUUGCUGUGGGAAGGAAAAGAAGCAGCUUUAAGGCCUUUUCCUACCUGAACAAUUCCAGAACUUGGUGCCUUCCAGCGACAAUGGGAUGCAGCAGCUCUGCCGUUCUGCAAGGGUUGGACCUGAGGUUGUAUAAAGGACUGAUAAAAGGUAGGAUCUGCUUUGCCUUUGCCUGGAGCAUGGAGCUAAAAAGGCCUGCUGCAAAGGCCAGGCUGCUGCAGGAGCAGAGCUGCCUGCAAAAGCUACAGGAGGCACAAAACAAGCUACAGGAAGUAUCCAGUAAGCUGUCAGAGGCACCCAGUCAAGCGACUUUUAUCAAGAAAGAUGGUCUGUUGAUAAAAAGUUGUUACAAUCAAGUACAUGGCAAGGGCUUACCCUCCCAAAGGAAUACCAGGCAACUCUUGCUUGGAUACUGGAGAACCAGCCAAUGCACUCAGGUACCAGGCAAACUUUGCUUGGAUACUGGUGAACCAAACAAUGGGCCCUCAAGGGUCUGCCACUGUUAGGAUAUUUAAGGCAGUGCCCAGGAUGGCAUGGGGGGGAUUGCUGUGGGACCUGCUGCCACUCUGUUACCCUGCCCACUGGUUUGCUCCUAGGAGGCUACAAGACCACCAGAGAAGCAGCCUACUUUUUUCCUACUUUUCUAUCUUCCCUCUUUGUCUCUGCCCUCUUCCUGUUCUAAAAUGUUAUAAGUUACUUUUUCUCUGGAAUUUUGAAGACGGCAAAAAUACCUGCAGGACAAAGAAAUAUAGCAAGAGAUUUUUGUUGCAGUGCUGGGUACCCAUUUCCAGCACAGGGUGCACCCUUGAAUCGUGCAAAGAGCACACUGCUGUUUGAAAACCGUGCUUUUUGUACCCUUUGAUAUCAGUUGUUGAAUAUUCAUUUUACUGUCUGCUUGUUGCCUUAAAAUGUAAUUUCUCUGCUUUGGAAGUGGGUGUUAUCUUUUGGCUGGUUGUAACAUACCUCCCCUGGGCUCGUACAGGGGGGUCUUGCAUCAUCCUCACAUUGCAAGGCAUGGAGGGUCUCUCUGUGUAUCCACAUGGCACAGAGGAAUACAUUUUUAAUCAUAAUUUGUUCCCUGUUCCCGGCCGCAAAAGGUUCCCUGGUGAGAGGUCCAGAUAGGACCCUUCACCUUACAGUCUCCACGGUAUGCCUAUAAGUUAGUAAAUAUACAGAAAUAGUUCUUUUCUUAGUACCCUCUGUUCAUUUUAAUUUGCUUGGAAUAAAAUCAGUUCCUCAAUUUUUCACAUAAAAUAAAGCUGAAUUAUCAUUUUGGAAUCAAGCAGCUGGCCUCGUCAGUCUCCACGGUAUGCCUAUAAGUUAGUAAAUAUACAGAAAUAGUUCUUUUGUUAGUACCCUCUGUUCAUUUUAAUUUGCUUGGAAUAAAAUCAGUUCCUCGAUUUUUCACAUAAAAUAAAGCUGAAUUAUCGUUUUGGAAUCAAGCAGCUGGCCUCGUCAGUCUCCACGGUAUGCCUAUAAGUUAGUAAAUAUACAGAAAUAGUUCUUUUGUUAGUACCCUCUGUUCAUUUUAAUUUGCUUGGAAUAAAAUCAGUUCCUCGAUUUUUCACAUGAAAUAAAGCUGAAUUAUCGUUUUGGAAUCAAGCAGC